GUUAAUCUACCAUAUGGUGUGCUAGUUUACUACAAAAAAGGUUAAAAUGAACACUUCAGUUGUAAAAACUAAAGUUUGGAUGUGUGCAAUAACUCUACUGUUCAUUUAUAACUGUUUUAAUGACUACCGUGAUGAUACAAAAAAACCACGGAAACACUCGGGGAUGACUUAUGAGUUCAUACUACAAUUCAAAUAAUUCAAAACAUAAAAUUGGCGUCGCGAUGGAGCCUGUGAUGGAAUUGUUGGAUAUACACUCAGAUUUUGGUGCUUUCGAGGAUUAUUUUGAAAUGUUCGAAAUCUGCGCUAUGACCAAGGAAGAUGAUGAGGAUGUUAAUAUUGUGGCACAUUUCCUCACAUUCAUCGAAAAAGAAGCAUACAGCUUAUUAAGAACUCUGGCUAUGCCGGAAAAGCCUAUCGCGCUUCCUUAUACAACUCUCAAGGAACUGCUGCUAGAUUAUUUUAAGUAUACAAAUUUCGAAUGCGGUAAAGGAGGGAGAUCUCGUAAAAUGAUUCAUGAGGAUAUAAAAAAUUCCACUACAUUGCUACGUCAUCCCAACCCAGUGCAUACUCAAGGUUAUGCAGAUAGUUCAUUGAGUUUGGAUGCAGUUCACGAGGAUGGGGACAAGUUUGGUUAGUGUUUGUCCUGUGGCAAGUUCCACUCUUUUAAUUCAUGUCAAUUUCGUAAUUCUAAGUGCUUUAAAUGUGGUGAUAUUGGACAUAUUCAGUCAGUCUGUAAUACUAAUGUUCAUCUUACUGCAACUAAUAUUAAGUCUUGUGAUUCUGAUUCUACUGAGUCGAGUAUUCAUAAUGAUCAUUUAUCUUUAUCAACGAUUUUAAAAGACAGUGUAGAGUCAUAUAGCAGUUCGGAGUUAAAUGAAACUCAGAAUCCUUGUAAGACAACGGUUUUUAAUCAAUCAAUCUGUCAGAAUUCUCAUGUUAUUGUACCAGAUAUGACUUUUCCUAAUGAUUCACAUAUUUCUGAUGAAAUUCCUGGCAAAUCUGAAGAAAAUAUGUUGAGUGAACAUAAUUAUGACCGAAAACGUGAUGUAGUUUUGAUGGAUGCUAAUUUUUCUAAUGAUCCAUUACUCUGCAAUGACAUUCUUAAUGAAUUUCAUGAGAAUAUUUCAGAAAAAUCAAAUCUUGAUGUCAUAUCAAAUAUUAUUUGUCCUCAUAAUGCAUUUGAUCCUUGUGAAAAACCUGUUCAAUGCGAAGCACGAGUAUUAAAUGAGCUCAAUUCUGAUUACAAUUCGGAUGAUUUCAUAUCAACUGCUGUUUAUCCUUAUCACAAAUCCACUUCCAAUGUAUACUCUAAUCAAUGUGAGAAAUAUGUUUUAAAUGAAGCCACAUUAUUCAUAACUUGGGGAUAUAAAGAUCCUACAUUAUUUCGUGGUGGAGGAUAGUGUUGAAAAAUCUAUGGUUCGAAUUCUAGAUAUUAAUGAUUUCAUUACAAAAUCGACAUGCUGAUUGUAUACAAUUUCAGGACCCAGAUAAUACAGAGUUUUUAUCCAAUACAAUGUCGGACAGACUCAGCAUGAACUUAAGAAGACAUACAACCUACUACGGACAAUUAUAUUCUAAUUUAACCUGUGACAGAUGUGAUGUUUGAAUUAACUAGUGUUUUUUUGUACUUGUUAAAUGCUUGAUUUCGAAUUCUAAAUACAAUACAUUCGUUUGUGCUCAUCUAGUACUUCUUGAUUCAAUUGCGUUAUUUCUGGGAUUUCUAGUUCAUACUACAAUUCAAAUAAUUCAAAACAUAAAAUGUUCUCCACAGACAAACUCAAAAAAUAUAAUAAUUUCAUCAGUAGCACCAAUUCCUUUUGGCUUUUUGAGAGUUGAAUGGUAGAUUCUACAGACCAAUAUAUACUCAAACAUUUUUAUGAUCACCAGACAUAAGGCCACAGUUGUUGUUUGUGACCUACAUUCUA